AUGAACAAGUAUCUGACCUUAUUGGCCUCUCUGCCCAUUGCUGUGCAAUGUGGUGAGGUGGUGUGGAGCGGUAUCUUCGACUCUUCCGCUACCGUGGCGGACUUUGACAAAUGGUCCUUUUCCAACCCCGUGGGAGCCUGGCAAUGGUACAUUCACGGCAAAGGACAGACAAGCGACUACCUCGGUCUCUCCAAGAGCUUCAAGAACCCCGCGGACACCAGUGAUGCCCAGGGCCUCCGCAUUUCCAUCGAUGGGACCUCGUUCUGGAACGGUCAGAACAUGGAGCGCAGCGAGCUCAUUCCUCAAACCUCUGCCAAUCUCGGUAGCGGCCGUCUGUUCUAUCACUUCUCCCUCAAGACCGACGAGGUCAAUGCUCCCAACCCCAAGUUUGAGCACCAGCUGGCCUUUUUCGAGAGCCACUUCACCGAGCUCAAGUAUGGCCGGCUGAGCGGCGACUCGGCCACCGAGGACAACACCCUGCGCUGGUGUGUCGGGGGCCAAACACACUGGUCCACCGACCUGGAGGCCAGCCAGUGGUACAACUUUGCCUACGACAUCGACUUUGCCGGUCAAACCGUCGGCCUGUGGGCAAGUAACGGCUCGGCGCCCCUGACCGAGGUCGUGACGGGCGUCAAGGCCUCGACCUCGACCAACUCGGCGGACUGGCACGUUGGUGAGUUGCGUCUUCCCAACGGCGGGACCGAUGACAAGGCGGAAGACUGGUACUGGUCCGGUGUCUACGUCGAGAAGGCCCCGAUCACCACCUCUAUCGCAGGCCCUUCUGCUGGUCAGGUCGCCGAUGAGAGUGCGGGUCAGUCCUCCGAGCAGAUCCCCAGCCAAGCCUCGACGAGUCAGGCCCCUUCUUCGACGAUGAACACGGCCGUCGCGCAGUCCAGCACAGUCCAGCAUACUACCGAGCAGGCUGCCGUCAACCAGACCACCGAGCAGAUCAACACAACGGUCCCUACUUCCACCUCUACUCCCACCUCUGUCGAGACCACCGCGGCGGUGACUCCCAGCCAGACCGCGGGUCCGACGACCGGUGAAUCUGCGGAUCAGACUUCCGAAGACGGUGACGAUGACGAUGAAUAUGAGGAGUGCGACGACGAUGAAGACGAGCCCGAGGACGUGUCGGAGGACUGUUGA